GACUGCCGACACCCACACACAUACACAGGCGGCGCCCUGCUGUGGGUUUCCAGCAGCCAUGAUGACCUACAACAUAGACGUGGGUUAUCUGGAGGGCCUGCUGCGCGGCUACCGCGCCGGCAUCCUCAAUUCGACCGACUAUGCCAAUCUGACACAGUGCGAGACGAUUGACGACAUGAAGAUGCACCUCUCCAGCACCGACUAUGGCAACUUCCUGCAGAACGAGCCCUCGCCCAUCUCGACCACCACGCUCGCGCAAAAGACGACCGAGAAGCUCGUCGAGGAGUUCAACUUUCUGCGGAUGCAGGCGGUGGAGCCGCUGGCCACCUUCCUCGACUACAUCACGUACGGGUACAUGAUCGACAACAUCAUCCUCGUGCUGACGGGCACCUCGCACAACCGCUCCUCGGAGGAGCUCCUCGAGAAGUGCCACCCGCUCGGCCUGUUUGACUCGAUGGCGACGCUCUGCGUGACGCAGAGCACGUCGGAGCUGUACCGGACGGUGCUGGUCGACACGCCGCUGGGCCCGUACUUCGGCGACUGCAUCUCGCUCGAGGACCUGGACGAGGUCAACAUCGAGAUCAUCCGCAACACGCUGUACAAGGCCUACCUGGAGGACUUCCACGCCUUUUGCAUGAAGGUUGGCGGCGAGACGGCCGAGGUGAUGGGCGACAUCCUCAAGCUGGAGGCGGACCGGCGCGCGAUCAACAUCACGGUCAACUCGCUCGACACCGACCUCGACCUCAAGUCGCGCGAGAAGCUCUACCCGACCAUCGGCCUGCUCUACCCCGAGGGCACCUCGCGCCUCAUCAAGGCGACCGACCUCGACGCGGUGCGCUCGGCGAUCGACGCCUUCCCCGACUACCGCGGGCUGCUCUCCGAGGGGUACGACGACGACAAGACCAUCGAGGACCAGUUCUUCGAGCUCGAGGUCAACCUAAACCGCCUCGCCUUUGAGCAGCAGUUCCACUACGGCAUGUACUACGCCUUUGUCAAGCUCAAGGAGCAAGAGAUUCGCAACAUCGUGUGGAUCGGCGAGUGCAUCUCCCAGGACCAGCGGGGGCGCAUCAACCAGUACGUGCCCAUCUUUUAGCGCAGGAGUAGAAACUCUCUCUCCGCUCUCUGUCGCCGCAUACCUCGAGUGCACCUUCCGGUUCCGGCUGCGUGCCAUGACCGGAGCUGACCUGUGCGUGUCGCGCAGCCGCCCUGUACGUCGUUUGUUGCAAGUAUGGUGGCAUUGCAGUAUGGUAUUUUUGAUGUAAAUAAGCACAUCAUACACGUAA